CCUUCCAGCUGGGCUCUUCUUGUCUGCUUGCCCGGAUGUUCCAGCAACCAUGAGCCGCCAGUUUAGCUCUCAGUCGGCGUUUAGCUCAAGGAGCAAGCGGGCUUAUGGCCUUGGCUCUUCCGCAGGCUCUGGUGGUGGGAGGUGUGCCGUGGUGUCUGUGUGUCAGGCCCGAGGGAGGUGUGGCGGUGGAGGGUAUGGCAGCCACGUAAGAGGAUUUGGCUCCCAGAGCCUGUACAAUCUUGGUGGCAGUAAAAGUAUCUCAGUGAACCUAGUGGAGAGAAGCACCAGUGGUCUCUGCCAGGGUGGCGCUUUUGGUGGUUUUGGGGGCGGUGGAUCUAGAGGUGGUGGCUUUGGAGGUGGUGCCUUUGGGGGUGGUGGCUUUGGAGGUGGUGGCUAUGGAGGAGGUGGUUUUGGGGGUAGCAAUUUUGCACUUGGGGGCUUUGGUUUUUCUUGUCCCCGGGGGGGCAUCCAAGAGGUGACUAUUAACCAGAGCCUCCUACAACCACUUGACCUGGAAGUGGACCCUGAAAUUCAAAGGAUCAAGACCCGGGAGCGGGAGCAGAUCAUGGUUCUCAACAACAAGUUUGCCGCCUUCAUUGACAAGGUGCGAUUCCUGGAGCAGCAGAAUCAGGUGCUACAAACAAAAUGGGAGCUCCUGCAGCAGAUAAACACGUCGACUCGGACCAACAACCUGGAGCCCAUCUUGGAGAGCUACAUCAGUGGGCUGAAGAAACAGGUGGACUUCCUCAAUGCAGAGCAGAUGCGCCAGAACUCGGAGAUCAUAAGCAUGCGGGAUAUUGUAGAGGACUACAGGAACAAAUACGAGCAAGAAAUCAACCAGAGGACCAACAAUGAGAAUGAGUUUGUCAUCCUGAAGAAGGAUGUGGAUGCUGCUUACCUACAGAAAGCAGACCUCCAGUCCAAGGUGGAUGUUCUGUUGGGAGAGGUCAAUUUCCUGAAACAUUUAUUUGAGAUGGAGCUGUCCAAUAUGCAGACCUAUAUCAGUGAGACCAAUGUCAUCGUGUCCAUGGACAAUAACCGCUCCCUGGACCUGGACAGCAUCAUCAAAGCCGUGCAGGCCCAGUAUGAGGAGAUCGCCCAGAGGAGCAAGGAGGAGGCCGAGGCGCUGUACCAGAGCAAGUACCAGGAACUCCAGCUUACAGUGGGAAGACAUGGAGACGAUCUGAGGAACAGCAAGAUGGAAAUUGCAGAGCUCAACCGCACCAUCCAGAGGCUGCAAGCUGAGAUCAGCAAUGUCAAGAAGCAGGUUGACCAGAUGCACGGGGUCAUUUCAGAUGCAGAGGAAAAAGGAGAUCGGACCCUUCAAGAUGCAGCACAGAAGCUGCAGGACCUGGAGGAGGCCCUGCAGCAGUCCAAGGAGCGCCUGGCCCGGCUGCUGCGUGACUACCAGGAGCUGCUGGGGGCCAAGCUGUCCUUGGAUGUGGAGAUUGCCACCUAUCGCAGGCUGCUGGAGGGCGAGGAGAGCAGGAUGUCGGGAGAGCUGCAGAGUCACGUGAGCAUCUCUGUGCAUAGCAGCCAGAUGUCUCUCAGCGGCUCAGGAGGCGGCGGUGGCCGAGGCUCUGGAGGUUACGGGGGCAGCAGAGGCAGCGGAGGCGGAGGAGGAGACAGCAGGGGCAGUGGCAGCUCCCGUGGGGGUGGCGGGGGUUCUGGAGGGGGCAGUGGAGGUGGUUAUGGGAGCAGUAGUGGCGGAAACUACGGAGAGAACAGCAAAGGCAGCAGCAAGUCAGGGAGCAAAAGCGGCCGCUCCUCCAAACUGCAGAUUAUCCAAACUUCUACCAACACCUCCCACAAGCAUAUCGUGGAGUAG